AUGGCAAUACCUGAAGAACCUUUGGCUCAUCAUGAUUGUUGUCAUGACUGCAGUAAAGAGGCCUCAUGUUCAUUCACUGGAGCCAGCAACAAUGUUGGUGGAAAUGCAGCAUAUUCAGAGGAAGCAGGUGAGAGUGAGGACUACAGACGUCGUCAUCGCUCACGCCGCUACCGCUUAAGAAAGAAGGUUCGAAAGGCUAAGGUUGCCAGAAGAGUAUACAGAGACAUUGGACUUCAUAACAUUCCAAUUAGUGAACAUGACGUUGAUCCAACUUGCAACAGCGAGUCACUGAGAGAAAUCAUGAAAGAAAAUCUAACCAACGAUCUAGCAUCAUCGAAACGAAAUAUUCAGAAAGUAGCCGAAGAGAAGUUGAAAGGAAAAUAUAAUGUUAUUUGCUCAAGGUCUGAAUUUUCAUAUGUAUCCCAUACAAAUGUGUACUGCCAAGCAUCAAACAGUGAUGUUACUUGCUAUGCUUUCCUUGGUACAUCUCGUUAAAG